CAUCGAAAGUGAAAGUACAGAAACAGAGAGUGGAGACUUCCAACUGUCGUCCGGAGUUUACUGAACACUGAAACAUAAAGAAGGAAGUUUAAGAAGCUGAAGUCGGUCUCGUUGCUUUGCUGCACGUCUGUGCGUUUCAGGGUCGAGGAUGUGAUGUCCAAUGACAGAGCUCAGUGAAGAUGGAGCGCCCGACUGAUCCUGCUGUGAAGUUCCUGCAGCUUCUCCUUCUCCUGUUUGUUCCUCCUCUGACGUCUAGUCGAGCCUGGGCAGACUUGAUUUGUUCAAAGCAGCCAAUCACUGCGCUGCUUGGUGAUGACGUCACUCUGAGAUGUCACCUUGAGCCUCCCGUCAGUCUGAGUUCCGAGACCGUGUUGUGGACCAAACCCGAUGUGGAUCCCAAGUACGUCUAUUUUCAUGAGAAUGGACGUCAGGUAGAGCACGUCCAGAACCCGUCUUAUCGUCACCGCACACAACUGUCAGUGGAAGAACUGACGAGUGGGAACGUCGCCAUGAAACUCGACAGAGUGGGACUCUCUGACGCAGGAAGAUAUCAUUGCAUCCUUAAAUCAACGAAGAAGGAAGCAUCGCUCCUACUAACUGUUGGCGCUGCGUCCAGGCCUUCUGUUGAAGUCGUCAGUAUUAAAACAGGAAGUGUGGUUCUCCACUGUAAGGCUGAAGGUUGGUACCCGGAGCCUGAGCUGUUCUGGUUGGACUCAGAGAGAAAGAAUCUCCAUUCUGGACCUCCACAGACAGUCAGAGGUCCUGAUGGCCUCUACACCUUUAGCAGCACGUUAGCAGUCGAGAAGAAACAAGGAAACAUCUUCACCUGCAGAGUCCAACAGAAGAACAUCACCCAGACGAGAGAGACGCUCAUAACAGUGGAUUUCUUUGAGGAGCAGCAGAAUCUCAGUACUCUCAUCAUCAUCGGCUUCAUCGCCAUUCUGGCAGGACAAUGCAUCAGCGCCAUCUACAUCAAUUGGAAGCUGGGUAGCAUUUAUAAGCUCACGGAAGAACAAAGGCGUAGGCUGGAAAAUGGAUGGGUGCCAAGACAACAGAUGGAUAGGCGAAAUGAUCAACCUUUGGUUCAUUGAUGAAGCGGACACUUGUUAAGUUCAGUUAUUUACUUGGCCAUGUUCACACAACUACUAACCCUGCGCAUGCACACUUCAUAUUAGAACAGAGUUGCAUUCAGGUGAAUCACGUAACACUGUGUAUCAUGAAUUACUAUGUGGUCAAUAUACCACAGAC